AUGUAACCUAGCUCUAUAUAAAAGUAGUAGAAAAUCCGGGUCGUGCUUCUGUAUUUCACUGCUUUCUCCUAUCAAGCUCCUCUCCCAUUAUUUUAUCUCAACUCUAUCGCCGCCACUAACGCUCUCACCAUGGUUGCGAGAUCUCUCUUCCUUAGCCUUGCUACUGCUGCGGUCGGAGUUCUCGCCGUAGACCCUGUUGGUAACGGUCCUUGGACGUCUGUCAACCCCAGCUUUAACGUACAAAGAUGCGGUGGUGGCACUGCCACAGACACAGAAUUCCAGCUUCCCGCUGCUCCAGACGGCAGCACCGACGGCCCAGGCUGCUCCAACGGCCAUUUGCGUGCUGAGCGUCGCUACAAGAACGACUACGACAGCGGCGUGCACCAAUUCGGUGGCCAGUUUGUCAUCAAUUCUUUUGGUGGUAACAAGGUUGCGCUCAAGCAGACCUUUAACGGCGGCAGUGGUAGCCCGUACUUCAUUAUGGCCGUCAAGAACGACGGCUCGCUGUACAGUGUUGAGGGAGGCAAGACAAUUGCGAGCGGCGUUGCUGGCGUUGGUCAAACAGUAACCAUUAACACGGUGCAUGAUACUGCCAACAACCUCUACCAGGUCUACGUCAAUGGCCAGCUGAGCUAUACCGAUAACGGGGCACCAGACGGAAACUUUUAUGACAAGUAUGGCGCCUACACCACCAACAGCGGCACUGGGCCUAUCGAUGUUACCUGGACCAAUGUGCAAUUCUGGACGUCGUAAGAUAUAACUGUAUCUAACCGCUUAUAAUUAUUAAUAUCA